UUGCGAGCAGAUCAAGACUGUGAAGAUAUCUGUGAUGAACACAGUGGGGAUCUACACUGCCACUGCAGGGAAGCGCUAUGAGCCUCAAUGACGACGAACGUACAGUGCCAGAGAUAUACUUUCAUUGCCUCUACUGGAUGUGAUGGUGCUGUGGCACGUGUAGACGAUGGAUUACCAGAGCCAAUAACAAUUGCUAACGGAUUUCCUCUGGGAUGCAUGCGUAAAUCCAGAGUCUAUGUUGGGACAAAUGGUUACUUCGCUUUCAGUGAAUUCACAGGAUUUACACCAUUUCCUUUUUCUGAGGGAAACGGACUUUCACUGGUGGCUCCAUUCUUUACCGACAUUGACAUUUCAAAGGGAUCUGGUAGAAUUGAGUACCAGGUACACGAUGAUCUAAGUGUGAUGUUUUCAAGGGAAAUAGCAGAACAAGUCAAUCUUGUAAUAAAUACCAACAAACAAACGAAUUUCAGUUCUCAGUGGCUUCUGGUUUCAAAAUGGGAAGAUGUUUCACCAUACGGUAACUAUCAAAUUAAAGCUUCAUUCCAAGGUGUUCUUGCCACUGACCAUGAGAGAUCCUUUGCAAUCUUCAUCUACAAGUGUGAAGAUGAAAAUGCCAGGUUUUCCAACCGCGCUACUAUCGGUUACGUGACCAGAGAUGGUGGCUAUGCCAACCAUGAGGCAACAUUUUCUAAUAAUCCCUACUCCAUUUCUUGUCUGGAUUAUCCGGCUAGCCAAUGGACCAAUGUCAUUUAUGAGAUCGCAGGUAUGGAUUACCAUUUUUUGGUCAUUUUUGCAGAGCAGCAAGUCCUCCAGGAUCUAGUCCCAAAGUUUUAUGUUGUUCCACAGGAUCCUCUCUUUGAAAAGCAGUGGAACUUGCUAAACACUGGGCCUUACAUAGGAAGGGAUUUGAGAGUGGAGCAGGCGUGGCUACAGGGCUUGACUGGCUGCAAUGUCACUGUCUCUGUUGUUGAUGAUGGUAUCGACUAUAAACACCCGGAUCUUUGGCCAAACUUCGCUCCACUGGUAUCAUAUGACUACGUUGGGAAUGACACUGAUCCAUCAGCGUACGGAAUGAGUCGUCAUGGAACAGGGUGCAGUGGAAUUGUUGCAGCGGUUAAGGACAAUUCACACUGUGGAGUUGGAGUAGCACAUGAGUCAAAUCUUGGAAGCCUGAAACUGCUUGAUGUGGGUGGACAGACGGAUAUGGAGGUGGCAUCAACUCUAUCCCACGGAAGAAACCUUAUUGAUGUUUACAGCAACAGUUGGGGGCCAAUAGAUAAUGGAUCCUAUGUAGGCGGUCCAGGAAAUAUGACAAUACUCGCACUAGAAGAAGGAGUAACCAUUGGACGCAGUGGAAAAGGGUCCAUAUAUGUGUGGGCAAAUGGGAAUGGCGGUCAAGAUGGAGAUAACUGUGCUGCUGAUGGCUAUGCAUCCAGUAUAUACACCAUAUCUGUUGGAGCUAUUGGAGUUGAUGGGAGGCCAAGUUUUUUCGAUGAACCGUGUUCUGCCAAAAUGGUUGUUGCAUACGUGACUAAUGAAAAUGGAACACAAACGAUUAUUACAACUGACCAAGGUGGAGAGUGUAGAGCUGAUUUUGGUGGAACCAGUGCAGCAACUCCAAUGGUCUCUGGGGCCGUAGCUCUAGCGCUUGAGGCAAAAACCUGGUGGUGACCUGCAAAGAGCCAUAGUCAGUUUAAGAGAACUGUAAAAACACUGCUG